GGUGGGAACGACCUUCGUCUCCCCAUUGUCUCCUCCCCAGAGCCCCGAGCUCUGCAGGCAGAGAUAUGUUGGGUCUUGUCACCUUCGUCCUUGCUGCCCUUCUCCCCGCUGUCCAGACAGCCCUCACCGUGGACCAGACGAUUGUCUCCCGUACCAAACGGGUUGGGUCAUCGGCAUUAUUUCUCUGCAAGCUUUCUGACCAAAAGACCACCUACAUCCACUGGUAUCACCAGCAGCCCAGAAGGCCUCCCCAACGCCUGCUCUACUGUAACGUGGCCACAUCUCAACCCAAGCUGGAUGCAGGAUUCAGCUCCGAUAAGUUUUCUACUUACCAGAGUAUAGAUCAUAGCUGUGCCCUGAAAGUACAGAAACUGAGCAUGAGUGAUACCGGCACCUAUUACUGUGCCAGCUGGGACUCCACAGUGACACAGUUCCCCCCACUCCUCAUACAAAAAACCACCAUCUGUGAUCACCAGGAGACAUGGUCACAGGAGGCAAUCAAUCCAUCGAUCAAAACUGGCCAGAAAGCGCUCACCAUGGACCAGUCAAUGAUCUCCCUCACCAAACAGACAGGGAAGACAGCAACAUUUCUCUGCAAGUUUUCUGACGAAAGGAUCACGUACAUCCACUGGUAUUGGCAGCAGCUUGGAAAGGCUCCUCAGCGCCUGCUCUACUAUAACCUGGCCACGUCUAAACCCACACUAGAAUCAAGACUCAGCUCAGAAAAAUUCAGUGCUUUCCAGAUCAAAGAUCAAAGCUUCAUCCUGAAUGUAAGGAAACUUGAAGGUCAGGUGAGAACCACCGUCACCUUCCCCUUGCCUUCUCUCCAGAGCCCGAGCGCUGCGGGCAGAGACAUGCUGAGUUAUGUCACCCUACUUCUCGCCGUCCUGCUCCCUGCUGGCCAGACAGCGCUCACCAUGGACCAGCCGAUGGUCUCCAUCACCAAACAGACGGGGAAAAUGGCAUCACUUCCCUGUGAGUUUUCCAGCCGAAGCAUCACGUACAUCCACUGGUAUCGCCAGCAGCCUGGGAAGGCUCCCCAGCUCCUACUCUACUUUAACCUGGCCACGUCUCAACAAAAGCUGGUUUCAGGAUUCAGCUCAGACAAAUUCUAUACUUACAAGACCAAAGAUCAAAGCUGUACUCUGAGUGUAAGAAAACUGGAAGUGAGUGAUGCGGGCACCUAUUACUGUGCCAGCUGGGACUCCACAGUGACACAGGUCCCUCCGCCCUUCAUACAAAAAUAUCACCGUCUGUAG